ACUUUGCAAAGAUUAGAUCAUGCCUAAACAUUCUUAGCACCGAACAUGUGGAAUACAUACAUAAGACUGGUUCAAAGAUGACGACAGUUAUCCCAGGAACAAAUUUCGUCCAAUUCAUGUAUUAUUUGGAAUCACUCAUUCUUCAGCUAUUCGAAAAACAUAAUGAGUAUGGACCAGACAUUCUGAUAUAUAUUAACAACAAUCUGACAAAUAACCAACCUUUGAAGGAACAAUUUCAUGUCCUUUUGCAAACAGCAUAUAAGCUUCAACAUGACGCUAAGUACAAAAACCAACCAUUGCUUUUGGGUGAUCACAUUCAUUUGUCAGAAGAGGUCGAAACACUUGAUCAACUCAAGGUUUGGGCUCGUGAUGAUGGGGCUAAAGAAACAUUUGAGAAGGCGUUUACAUUAGUUGAGCUUAAAGCUCUCAUUCAAGCCUUUCAAACUGACACCGUAGAGUUAAAGGGAAGAAAAAAAUCA